AUGGCCGUUGUUGGAAAUAACAGCUGCCUUGUAAAUUCAUAUGGAAAUCAGUUACAGGUCUUUCUUUCUCAAGAUUAUAAAUUGAGUGCAGACGAGAAGGCAAUAAUUUCCAUGCUAGGACAUCGAAAUUCAUUUCAAAGGAAGCUUAUAAGGCAAGCUUACCGAGAGAUUUAUCAAGAGGAGCUCAUCAAGCAACUUAAGUCUGAGAUUUCUAGGCACUUUGAGGUUUUCUACCCAACUGAGCUUACAAUAACUACUACGUGGGUACUCAUUGAAAUUGCAUGCAUUAGAUCUCCAGAAGAUCUGCUGACAGUGAAGAGUGCUUACCUCGAAGAAGAUGUUGCCUCUCGCAUCACCUGUGACAUUCGAAAACUUUUGGUUGGAAUGGCAAGUUGUUAUAGGUACGAUGGGGAAGAAAUUGAUGAGGGAGUGUUGGUUUCAGAAGCCAAUAUUCGUCACUAUGAGAUCAAAGAAAGGCUUUAA